AUGGACAAGGAAAAUUAUAUCGAGCAGAUAAAAUCGAUGUUCGACUUCACGGAGCUGUGCUCCAUGCGCCCUGAGGACUUCGAGAUGCUCGGCGUGACCAACCCCUGGACGUACCGCAAAAAGUUCCUCCGCCUCACUGGUGGCUACCAGCCGAAGGAGCGCGGGAUGAUCUUUGCCCUCUGCGUCGCCAUGCACAGCCGCAACCACAUCAUGGCCGCCAUGCUCAAGUUUAGGAACAAGUCCUGGUACGCCAACGUGGCCACCUUUGUGUCCCAG